CGCCGCAGCAGCAAAUGUUCAUGCAGCAGCAGCAGCAAAGCCUGGAUCUUUAUCCGGACGGUCAAAUCGACCACUCCGACUUGGCCACGUCAUCAAGAUCUGUGAUGAUAAGCUGUCGGGACUGUGGCAACCAAGCCAAGAAGGGGUGCGCACACAUGCGGUGCAGGACCUGUUGCAAGAGCCGUGGCUUCGACUGUCCCACCCACGUGAGGAGCACAUGGGUCCCCGUCGCUAGACGCCGCGAGCGCCAGCAGCAGUUGGGGGGGGGAGGGGGAGCCAAUAUCCCGAAACGUCCCAGAGACACCCCCUCGACAGGGACGUUAGAUAUGGGAGAGGCGGCUUUUCCGGCGGAAGUGAACUCGGAAGCGGUUUUCCGGUGCGUGAGAAUGAGCGGAAUCGACGACGGAGAUGGCCAAUACGCUUACCAGACGGCGGUGAACAUAAGCGGUCACGUCUUCAAGGGAAUUCUCUACGACCAGGGCCCAGAAAGCAGCCACAACAUAAGCGGCGGCAGUGCCGGCAGCGACCACCAGAGCUCCUCCGCAGGAAAUCCAUUGAAUCCGGCGGCAGCCGCCGGAGGAGCUUCUUCCGGCCACGCCGUGGGACCCUCGCCAAUGUUUGUGGACCCUUCUGCUUAUUACAACCCGGGUAACCUAAGCAUGUUCACGCCUGCAGGUACGCAAUUCUAUCAUCACAACCCAAGAUCUUGAUGAUAUCCAAUAACGUUUCAAGUUUACUGAAAUUGAAUUUUUCAGUGUGUAAUGUUUUUUUAUUUACCCCCCCGCGAUGUAAA